UCACAAAUGUCCGAAACAGCGAAGAAAGUCGUCUUAGCUUAUAGUGGUGGUUUAGAUACAUCAUGUAUAUUACUGUGGUUGAAAGAACAAGGAUAUCAAGUUAUUGCUUAUAUGGCAAACAUUGGACAAAACGAAGAUUUUAGUGCAGCUAAAAAGAAAGCAUUGAAAACUGGUGCUGUGAAGGUCGUAAUAGAAGAUCUCAGAGAGGUUUUCGUGUCUUCGUUUGUGUGGCCACUUAUUGCAUGUGGAUUGUGUUACGAAGGUAGAUAUCUUUUGGGUACAGCAAUCGCACGACCAUGCAUUAGCGAAGGUUUGAUAAGAACUGCAAAAGUUGAAAAUGCAUCUAUAAUCGCUCAUGGUGCAACUGGAAAAGGCAAUGAUCAAGUCCGUUUCGAGUUGAGCUGUUACAGUCUUUAUCCUGCAGUUCAGGUACUCGCACCUUGGAGAGAGAAAGAAUUUUACACAAGAUUUCCAGGAAGACCAGAUUUAUUAAAAUAUGCUCAACAAAAUGGAGUAGUUGUUUCGGCUACACCAAAAGAACCAUGGAGUACUGAUGCAAAUCUAUUACACAUCAGUUAUGAAUCCGGUAUUUUGGAAAAUCCUGCAAUGUCAGCUCCGAAACAAAUGUAUAAAAUGACUGACGAUCCAUUAACUUCAUCGGCGAAACCGGAAGAAAUUGAAAUAGAUUUUAAGCAAGGGUAUCCAUCGACAGUAAGAAAUUUAACCACUAAGGAAGUAUUCUCUACGUCGCUUGAAAUAAUGCAAUAUUUAAAUAAAAUCGGUGGUCUACACGGCGUAGGACGCAUUGAUAUUGUCGAAAAUCGUUUUAUUGGCUUAAAGUCUAGAGGAGUUUACGAAUCACCAGGAAGUAAAAUUCUAUACGAAGCGCAUCUAGAUUUGGAGACGUUCAUAUUAGAUCGUGAGGUUUUAAGAGUAAAAUCUUAUUUGACCAACAAGAUGUCCGAUUAUGUUUACAAUGGUUUUUGGUUCUCUCCCGAAUGCGAUUUUGUGCGAAAUGGUAUAUUACAUUCACAAAAAUAUGUAACUGGAACGGUCAAACUGGAGUUAUACAAAGGAAAUGUGUCGAUACUUAGCCGAUAUAGCAAGGCGUCUUUAUACAACGAAAGUUUAACAUCGAUGGAUGUACAAGGAGAUUUCGAACCUGAAGACGCGGGUGGUUUCAUACGCACGCAAGCUUAUAGAUUAAAAGAAUUUAAUCGUUUCAAAAAUGAAUGCGAUAUUUAA